AUGAAGCUUCUCAAUUAUAUCGCCGGUUUAGUCCUCGCGGCGCGAGCUGCUUCUAUGGUAAUAGGUGGACGCGAUAUAAUUAUUGACCGCGAUAGUGUUGGACUGCAAGAUAUAGUGAGUCUAGCUCGGGUUUCCUGGUCGUUCCGAGAGGUUACAAUGAAUGUUCGGUGUUUGACCAAAGUUUUUCGUAGGUGACUUUUGAUGAGCAUUCAAUCAAGGUUUAUGGGGAGCGACUUUAUAUGUUCUCCGGAGAAUUCCACCCAUAUCGUUUGCCCGUCACGGAUUUGUUUCUCGAUGUGUUCCAGAAGAUUAAAUCUUUAGGUUUCGUAAGUACAACUCUCGCUUUAUAUACAUUAAGAAACAAUCCCGACUGGAUCGCUACUGAAGUACAUUUCACCCCAACAUUACUCUAAUGAUGUCCUAGAACUGCGUAUCUUUCUAUGUCGACUGGGCCCUGCUAGAAGGUCAACCAGGAACAUACAGCGCGGAGGGAAUCUUUGCCCUAGAACCAUUCUUCGAAGCAGCCAAAGAGGCAGGGAUUUAUCUUCUUGCAAGACCGGGACCCUACAUAAAUGCUGAAGUCAGUGGGGGUGGCUUUCCGGGGUGGCUGCAACGAGUCCAAGGACAGCUUCGAACUCGAAAUGCAGAAUUCCUCGCAGCCACAGAUAUUUACAUGGCAAAUGUUGGCGCAGCGAUUGCGAAAGCUCAGAUCACGAAUGGGGGACCUAUCAUCUUGGUCCAACCCGAGAACGAAUACACUGGUGCAAGUGGCCCUGUAGAAGGUGGCUAUCCAGAUCCUGUGUAUUUUGCGUAUAUCAAAAAGCAACUCAAGGAUGCCGGGAUUGUUGUUCCACUCAUCAGUAAUGACGCCUCGCCAAAAGGUACAUUCUUAUAGUUUCGCUGCUUAAUCUUUACUACCCCCAGAAACCAUGAAGUUAACUUAAUCUUUUAGGUACUUUUGCACCCGGGUCAACCUGGAACGGGACUCAGGAGGCAAAUGUCGACAUCUAUGGGCAUGACGCCUAUCCAGUUGGAUUCGAUUGUGCCAACCCGACAGUAUGGCCAGAUAACGGUCUACCGACGAACUACCAUGAAGUUCAUGAAACCCAAAGUCCAUCUACCCUGUUUUCUCUUGUCGAGUUUCAAGGUGGUGCUUUCGAUCCUUGGGGAGGCCUCGUAAGUUCAAAAAUGAUAGCGUCAUGGGGAAGUAGCUAAUGAAUUAUAGGGCUUCGCUCAAUGCUCUGAACUGGUCAACCACGAAUUCGAAAGGGUAUAUUACAAGAACAAUUUUGCUUCAGGUGCUACCUUUUUCAAUAUCUAUAUGAUCUGUGAGUAUUCUUAGCAUUCUUACCACAGAUUACUGGCUAACUUGUGCAGUCGGUGGAACGUGAGUAAAUAGACCUCCUGAGAAGAAUAUUGAAGUUCAAACCAUCCUUCUUUGAACUGUUUACUAACAUAGAAUAGCAAUUGGGGCAACUUGGGCCAUGCCGGUGGUUAUACAAGCUACGACUAUGGCUCCAGCAUAGCCGAAAACCGUGAAAUCUACCGAGAGAAAUAUAGCGAGGUGAAACUCCAAGCCAACUUCAUGAAAGUCAGCCCUGCGCUUUUGACGGCAUCUGUAGACCCUGCGGCCGUCGGGGUUCACACUGAUUCCGAUUCCAUUACCACAACUCCUUUAUUUGGAAAUGGCUCAGCCACGAACUUUUAGUACGUCAAUCCUUCACUUGACGCUUGGUGUUUGAGAGACUAAUAGGGAUCUAGUAUUGUCAGACAUGCAGACUAUCGACAGACGACCCCAACAACUUAUAAGAUGAACGUAAAAACUAGUCAAGGAACAGUCACGAUCCCACAGAUUGACGGAGAGUUGACUUUGAGUGGACGAGAUUCGAAGUUUCAUGUCACUGAUUACGACCUUGGAGAAACUACUCUUCUUUACUCGUCAGCUGAGAUUUUCACCUGGAAAAAGUUCGAGGAUAAGACAGUCUUAGUUGUAUACGGCGGACCAGGGGAGCAACAUGAGCUCUCUGUGAUCAGCCAGAGUGUGCCGAAACAAAUUGAGGGCAGUGACGUCGUAACAAAAGUCAGCAACGGGAGUGUUGCGUUAAACUGGAAAGUAUCCACAACGCGGCAAGUUGCUCAGGUUGGUGACCUGUUCAUCUACAUGCUUGACAGAAACACGGCAUAUAAUUUAUGGGUCCCUGAUUUUUUUAGAGAUGAUGCAUGGGGAGCAUAGUAAGUUGUCGAAACUCACGUGAGAACGACUAGCUGACCUUUCAUAGCACUUCGAAUAUCGAAGACAGAACUUCCGUCAUUGUACAAGCUGGGUAUCUGAUUAGAACGGUCUAUAUCAACGGCCCAGCUCUGCAUCUAACAGGAGAUGUCAAUGCCACCACACCAAUCAAAGUGAUUGGUGCACCGUCAAGUGUUAGGUCGCUUCAUUUCAACGACCUCAAACUAGAGAUCACCGCAGACCCAGUUACAGGAGAAUGGACUUCCACAAUCCCAUAUACUCUCCCAGAAAUUGUACUCCCCGAUCUUACGACACUAGACUGGAAAUACAUCGAUAGUCUCCCAGAAAUCUCACCUGGCUACGACGAUUCUUUAUGGACCGUGGCUUCCAAAACAAAUUCCACGAACCCAUACCAACUGCGAACUCCAACAUCUCUCUUCGGAUCGGACUAUGGUUAUCACACCGGUGUCCUAGUCUUCCGCGGUUCCUUCGUAGCGGCAGGCAAUGAAAGCACCUUUGCUAUACAAACACAAGGAGGAAGUGCCUUUGGUUCUUCCGUCUGGUUGAACUCAACCUACAUCGGCUCCUGGACUGGAAACGACAAAUCUACCAACUACAACUCAACAUAUACACUACCCAAUCUCGCAGCAGGUAAAACCUAUGUCUUCACCGUAGUAGUAGACAACAUGGGACUCGACGAAAACUGGAUCGUCGGGCCCGACGAGAUGAAACACCCUCGAGGAAUCCUUUCCUACGACCUCUCAGGCCGACCGUCCACCACCAUAACCUGGAAAUUGACCGGGAACCUGGGCGGCGAAGAGUAUAUCGACAAAGCCCGCGGUCCACUGAACGAAGGAGGACUCUACGCCGAAAGACAAGGCUUCACACAACCACACCCUCCAAACCACAACUGGAUCUCACUCUCGCCCUCUACCGGAAGCGAUAAACCGGGCGUCUCCUUCUACCAAGCUUUCUUCCCCUUGGACCUGCCCAAGAACUACGACAUUCCACUCUCGUUUGCUUUUGGGAAUGGGACGACGUCCUCUGGAGCGACGGCUAAUUAUAGGGCUCAGUUAUAUGUUAAUGGAUAUCAGUAUGGGAAAUAUGUCAACAACGUUGGUCCUCAGAGUGUUUUCUCUGUUACGCAGGGUGUGUUGAAUUAUCAUGGGACAAACUGGGUCGGUCUUUUGGUUUGGGGACAAGAGGGAGAGGGGGUGGGGGUGUCGGGCUUUUCGCUUGAGGCUGGGGUACCGGUUUGGACAAGUAUUAAAGAGCCGAAGAAUGUGCCUACUCCUGAUUAUAGGGCGAGAGAGGGAGCGUAUUGA